CGGAAAAAAUUAUAAAUAAGUAACUCAAAGAAAACCCAUUUAAUAUAAAUUAUAAUAAUACCUUCCAAAUUUUAAGUAAUUUCAUUUAAAACCGUUAGCUAUUAAAUUCUAAACACAAAAUGGCCACUGAUCAAGAUCCAGAUAAUAAUUUGCGUUCGGAAAAUUUAGAUGAGGAGUAUGACUAUAUUUAUGGCGAAGAAGGUGGCUACUCGCAAAGUGAUACCACCCAUAUGGGCGAAGAGGCGGAGGAAGCGAGUGAAGAAAUAUUUUCUCACCUCGGCGAGUCAUCGGAUGAUCCGGAGCAGAAACGUCGUUAUAUGGAGUACUUGAGCCUAAUCAAAGAAAUUGAAUGUCAAAACCAAAUGGUUGCGGAUAUCAAAGCUCAAAUUAUGGAGCUCUGCGCAAAGCCUUGCAAAACCAGGUGCGAAAUGAGGGACAUCAAAAAGCUGCGAGUGUGCAUGGAGCAGGAGAUAAUAAAGCUCAAUUGCUUGAUGACCAAAGCUAUGGAAUUGCAGAACUUCGGUUCCAAACGUCGCUAUCGUGAGAUACCAAUUGUCACGACCAUCGACGAGGACAACCUUACACCCUAUGCGGGGCAUGUGCAAGCGCCGAAUCAGGCCAAUUGGAAAGGUGGCGACAGCAGUGAAACAGACAAAGGCGUCUGUGCCGAAGCGAAGGACUCGAAGGAGGAGAAAGCGCUGCGUUGUUUGUGCAAAGCGCUUUGCAAGAUGAAAAUCUGUUGCCCAGAAGAUAAGAAACUCGUGCAAGAAAUCGCUGGCGCGCUGUUGGGACAAAAGAAACGAAAAAGUGCUCAACCUUGUCCGCCUUGCCCACCCUCCUUGCCGCCCUGCCAAGGUCCAUGCCCACCAUUUGCCAAGCACUCGAAGAAAAGAAAACAGCCAUCCCCACCCUGUUCCUCUGAUUCCAUGCCGGGCGCAGACUCCUUGGAACGACUCAAACAGAAGAUCACUUGUAUGCAAUCGUCUGUGGGCCAACUGAAACAGGAAAUUUAUCGGCGCAAACGUGACAAGCAGUCUUGCUAUCAAGACGAAAAGGAAAAGGAAGACGUCUGCUCGGAGGAACCGGAUCCCAUACAAAUGUGCUUGGGCAAGCGAAGUGCCCAGGCUGAUGAAAUGGCCAAGUUAAGGGAAAACUACCUGCAUUUGCUGUCAGAGUUCUCGAAGAAGGAUUGCCAGUUGAAAGAAAUGGAGAAACGACUUAAAGGGUUUUGCGGCAGCUGCAACGAUGCCAAUGGACGUGGCGAGGGAAGUAAUGUCGAUCAAUCCGAAUUGAUCGUACUUCGACAACGUGUUGCCGACAUGAAAGAGGAACAGACUGAGUUCAAGUGCCUCAUGAAAGAACAGUCGCAACAAUUAGAAGAUUACCGUAAUAAGUACUUGCUAGCGCAACAAAAAGUGGAGGAACAAAGCGUGACUUUGGAAAAGCUGAACAUGAACAAUAAGCGAAUCGAAAAACAAAUAAAUACAGAAGUCAAGGAGAUACGUGCCAAGUUUCAAGAGAAACUGAAUGAGUUGCUACACUUUCCCAAACUGCUAGAGAACGAGCAACUGAAGUUGGCGCAAGCCUGUAAAGAGAAGGAGGAUUUACAGGGCAAAUUGAUGCUGGUAUGCAAAGAGCUGAAAGCACUCAAGGCGCAAACUGAAUCACCAAGAGAAGAGACCGAUUGUCGGCCGCAGUUGGCGAAAUGUCAAAUGGAACUGGAGCAGUGUAAGUCCAAACUGGAAGAAACUGAGCGGCAACGCGAUCUCUUCUGCGAGCAGUUAAAGACUACCCAAGACGACCUGGACACUUUGCGUUCCGAAUCAGCCAAAAUCAUUGCGCGCACUAAAGAACGUGCCGAGAUGACGAGGUGCCAAAUGCAGGAGCAAAUAAAUAGGCUUGAAAAGGAACUGGCGCAAUGUCGUGCUACGGCCUGCCUUUCGGUCAGCGAUCGUGAAGCUGUCAUACGCGAAAUGCAGGGACAACUUAACACUCUAUCGUAUAGCUUCGAUGCUGCACAAAAACAAAUCAAGACAUUGCGCAAUCACAUCGCUUACGUAUCCAAUGAGAAUUGUUUCCCUGUCAAAUGUUGAUUAACUAAUGGCAAGCAAUUGCGCGUAAAUGAAAAAUCGAAUCUAGUAUAGCUAUGGCUUGUACACGCUUUUGAAUGCACGUUUAUUGCUAUAUCUCAAAUAUGUCCCAAUGACAUCAACAACUGUCAAGUACAGGACAACACCGCUCCUGUAUUGGUGGCGGUGAACAUUUUAAUCUUAUAAAGAUUUUACUGCCAAAC